AUGGAAAAUUUAGGAGCACUAAAUAAAGAACUAGUUUGUGUUCUAUUUCCUGGUAAUGUAAAGAAUGAAGAAAACGCGAUACAGUAUUUGGGUGGAUUAAAAACAAUAUCUCAGGUUUGCUCACCAUCAUCAAAAAAACAUCUUUCACUAAGUUUUCAGCCUGAUAAUCCAUAUGUGAAUAAAAUAAAUGGUGAUGUAAAGGCAGUCACUGGGGUAUUGCUUAAAGUUAAAGUUAAAAAGACAAAGGAAGAUGGAAAAUUAAAAAGAGAAGUAGUGAAUACUUCUGUUGUCGGUCAAGUAAAGAAGAUUCAUAAGUUUGAAUCUGUGUGUGAUUUUCAAUAUUUACCUGUCACAAAUGGUCCUAACUCAGAAUGUUUGUUGGAAAAAUUAAUACCUGCCGGAUUAGAAGACCCGAAAUUCUUGGAUGAACCAGCGCCAUUUCACAUAGUACCCAGUAGUUUUACACGAUUUGACAAACCAAUAAAUUACUCCUAUGCUGAUAAAAAAAUAAAUGUGACUGAGGAUGAACUUUUAAAUGCAGAUCCUGAUGAAGUUCAUAAAAUGAGGUCCGACAGGGGAAUACCAGUCCGCAGGUUUUCGUUCAAUUUGGUUGAUGAAAUUCCAACUGAACCUCAUGAGUACUUUAUAACGAUUAAAAAUACUAAAGCUUCAAUGAAUCCACAGAUAAAUGAAGAAUAUGAGAUUGUUCAAAAGAUGUUCGAUGAACGGCCAGUGUGGUCAUUUAAUCACAUAAAACAUCACACGAGACUUAGGACUGUGAAUUUAAAAGUAAUAUUGCCAUGUAUCGCAUUCCAUAACUUGAAUGGGCCAUGGAAAUUGUUGUGGGUGAAAUUUGGCUACGAUCCACGUAAAGAACCCUAUGCAAGGUACUAUCAAAUGCUGGACUUUAGGCUUAGAAAUGCAGGAAUUUACUCCUGCGUGUCGCAAGACCUGGAAACAGUUAAAAGAGACCGUAUGAAGAAAAUGCCGCUUGAAGAGCCUUCAGAGGAAAUAAUUCCUGAAGGAGCAUUGUACCUAACACCAAAUAGUUUGCCAACGCAACGCCAAAUAUUUUAUAUGUACUGCGAUAUACAUCUACCGGAAGUGCAAGAAAUUCUAGCAGUGGAGCCUCCAAGUGGCUAUCAGUGCCAUCCCAAGAGAGGAUGGCUAGCCGCGAACACAGCGCAUACAUGCAGAGAUAUCAUCUUCAAGUAUCUUAAGAAGAAUCUCAUGGGUAACAAACAUGCAGAUCUUAAGUUUGAGCAAGCAAGUAGUGACGAUUCGGAGAGCGAUGAAGCACCUAGUGCUGCUGAUACUACAGCUGACAAUUCUAUGAUAACAAAUUGA